GCUAAUCGCACAUCGAAAAACAUCUUUCGUCAAGAAACGUGCAAGUUUAUAAAAUUCAACCUGUGGAGGAAUCAACGACUUCUGCAAUGUGAACUUUGGGGAAUUAAAUCCUCGAGAAGCGUGCAAAGGAAAAAGCUACUGAAUUUACCCAUUAAGAAGCACUCCAGUUGAAGUUUACAUGAAAGUGAUGUUCUAGAAAAAAAACACCAACGAUAGCCAUAUUCUGCUGCGUGCCUCUUUAGUGUGUUUGUAACCCGUUGUGGAUUAUUAUGAGGCGCCAUGGCGUGGUGUGACCGUGGGUGUCAGAUACUGUUGACCAUCGUGGGCGCUUUUGCAGCUUUCAGUCUGAUGACAAUAGCUAUUGGGACCGACUACUGGCUCUAUUCUCGGGCGUACAUAUGUAACGCCACCAAUGUCACCACGGAGGACAUGCAACCCAAGAAAACUAGAGGCGACCUGACGCACUCCGGGCUGUGGCGGAUUUGUUGUAUAGAAGGGAUCAACAAAGGAAGCUGUCUUCGGAUCAAUCACUUCCCAGAAGAUAACAACUAUGACACAGACAGCUCGGAAUACAUCUUACGUAUAGUGCGGGCCUCCAGCCUCUUCCCCAUCCUGAGCAACAUCUUGUUGUUGCUGGGAGGACUGUGUGUCGGGGCUGGGAGGAUCUACAGCAGUAGGAACAACAUCCUGCUCAGCGCCGGCAUCCUGUUUGUGGCUGCAGGUCUAAGCAACAUCAUCGGCAUCAUCGUCUACAUCUCCAGUAAUGCCGGUGACCCCAGCGACAAGAAGGACGAGAACAAUAAGGGCAGCUAUGGAUACGGCUGGUCUUUCUACUUCGGAGCUCUGUCCUUCAUCGUGGCCGAGUCCGUCGGCGUUCUCGCUGUCAACAUCUACAUCGAGAAGAACAAGGAGACGCGGUGCCGGGCGAGGCGUGAGUUCAUCAAAACCACCUCGCCCUACUCCCGUAUCCCUAGUUACCGUUACCGGCGGCGACGUUCCAGUUCCCGCUCCACCGACCCGUCCCGAGAGACCUCACCCGUCGGGGUGAAGAUGGGAGGAGGAGGGGGAGCAGGCGUAGGAAGUGGAGCAAGCUUUGGGAUGCCCAUGGGUGGGAUCUCCAUGUACGCCCUCAGCAGGGACACUAUGAAAAGUGGGAUAGCUGGGUACUGUAGUCCAGAGCGAGACUCAAGCUUCCUGCAGGUCCACAACUGCUUCCAGAAAGAUCUGAAGGAGGGUGUGAACAGGAGAACGACUCCCGUGUGAGAGUUGGAACGCAUCUCUGAACUUGGAAGGAUACAGGAGACUUCACAAAACUGUAAAGGAAACAGCUGGACAGCACAAGACCCAGGAUCAUUGUUGCAGCUACAAUACCCAGACCAUCUUCCAUGUUGAAAGGUCAUAGUUCAUAUGAUGGAGUGUGCUCUUUUCUUUGGUAUAACAAAUUGCCGUCUGUAUUCGUUUGGAUGUGGAGGAGAAAUGGAGCCUUACCUAAGGUUUAUUACGAAAACCUUUGGUAAAGCUAAUAGAAGUCCAUUUACAAAAAGACUACAGAAACCCAGACCUUUAGUAGCAAUGCUUUUGUGAUACAUGAUAGUGUUUUGCAUACCCCUCAACAAAUGGUAGUCAUAUCUUGUUGUUUUGAUGUUGUCAAGUGAUAAAACUCACUUGAGGGGUUUUGCCAUAGUAACUGGUGCUAUACACUUUGAACACACUUUAAAUAUUCUGAUUACACUUAGAAAAGGGGUUCAAAAAUAGUUGUUUUGUCUGUAGCAGAACCCUUUUUUUGUUCUGGGUAGAACCCUUUUUUUGUUCUGGGUAGAACCCUUUUUUGGUUCUGGGUAGAACCCUUUUUUGGUUCCGGGUAGAACUCUUUUGGAAAGGGUUCUAUAUUGAAUAACAAAUAUGAACAUAAGAUCCCAGAAAUGUUCCAUGCAUGCUUAUUUCUCUAAAAGGUUGUGCACAAAUUUGUUUACAUCCCUGUUAGUGAACAUUUCUCCUUUGCCAAGAUAAUCCAUCCACCUGACAGAUGUGGUGAGAAGAACAAUCAAGAAGCUGAUUAAACAGCAUGAUCAUUACACAGGUGCACCUUGUGCUGGACACAAUAAAAGGCCAUUCUAAAAUGUGCAGUUUUGUCAAACAACACAAUGCCACAAAUGUCUCAAGUUUUGAGGAAGUGUGCAAUUGGCAUGCUGACUGCAGGAAUGUCCCCCAGAGCUGUUUCCAGAUAAUUUAAUGUUAAUUUCUCUACCAUAAGCCGCCUCCAACGUUUUAGAGAAUUUGGCAGUACGUCCAACUGGCCUCACAACUGCAGACCACGUCUAACCAUGUCAGCCCAUGACCUCCACAUCCAGCUUCUUCACCUGCAGAUUCGUGUGAGACCAGCCAUCUGGACAGCUGAUGAAAUUGAGGAGUAUUUCUGUCUGUAAUAAAGCCCUUUUGUGGGGAAAAACUCAUUGUAAUUGGCUGGGCCUGGCUCCCCAGUGGUUGGGCCUAUUCCCUCCCAGGACAACCCAUGCCUGUGCCCCAGUCAUAUAAAAUCCAUAGAUUAGGGUCUAGUGAAUUUAUUUCAAUUAGCUGAUUUCCUUAAAUGAACUGUAACUCAGUAAAAUCGUUGAAAUUGUUGCGUUUUAUAUUUUUGUUCAGUAUACAUUAAACCCCCAAAAGGUUCUACCUGGAACUAAAAAGGGUUAUUCAAAGGGUUCUGAUAUGGGGACAGCUGAAGAAUCCUUUUCGGUCCUAGAUAGCAAAUGUUCUUCUAAAACCGGGGAAUUUUGGUAAACCUACUGGAAUUCCGUAACUCUAAUCCUUCUCUCCAACUGUUAUGUGAUACUCAUCUAUCUAUCCUCUGUGGUCUUUGUAUUGGAGGGAACUGGUGUACCUGUAUGUUUGUACUAUUAUCUGACCCACUGCCAUACUCUCACUAUUAGUAAAUAUCCAAAUAUUAACCCUUUGUAGAUUGAAAAUAAGUAAGGGGGAUGUAUGGAAAUACUGAACUCAUUAUCAUGAAUAACAUUCCAAUCAAUAUAAAUAGUAGAUUUAUUUCAAUCAAAUGUACAUUGUCUUUAUUGAGUGUUAGUUUAUUUUCGAUUUUGCUCAGGGACGUUGUGUUGGUAUUAACUCAUUUACACCAUUAUGAAGUGUUACCUAUUAGGUAUAUUACAUAAAAGCAUUUGUGUUAUAUCUUCUCUAAUGCCAUAAAGACUGUCAUCAGUGUCCACGAAUAGAGGUGAGAUCACACUGUAGGCUAUGUCUUGUUGUUUAUGAGUCUACCUAUUAAUCAUGUACUUCUGUGGAGGACUGUGUGUAUGGCAAGUUCCCAUGUAGAUGUUGCCCAUAGGCACAGAUCUAGCAUCAGCGUACCAAAAUCUUAACCUUAAAAAUGAGGGGAUA